GUGCUCCCGUAGUAUGUGCGUGCUGGCGCAAAGCGCGGCCUUCGCUUAAUGCUCGUCCUCAUCAACAACAACAACAAGAACCGUACAAAGUGAUUCCAGGUUCCCGGCGCGCGGACACACCUGGAGAAACGCACUCCCUGCAGCUGUGAGUGACGAUGGCAGAGACCGUGAAGUAUGUUGAUGACGAACAUAAGAGCAUCUUCCUAAAGCUGCUGAACGAGCAGCGGCUUGAGGGUGAGCACUGCGACAUUGCUGUGGUAGUCGAAGACGUCAAGUUCCGGGCUCAUCGCUGUGUUCUGGCUGCCUGCUCCAACUACUUCAAAAAGCUCUUUAAAAAACACGAGGUGGACAACUCUUCAGUGAUUGAGAUUGACUUCAUCCGCUCUGACAUCUUUGAGGAGGUGCUGAACUACAUGUACACAGCCAAAAUCUCAGUGAAGAAGAAAGACGUGAACCUCAUGAUGUCCUCAGGACAGAUCCUGGGAAUCCGCUUCCUUGACAAGCUGUGCUCCCAGAAACGAGACGUGUCUUCCGAGGACAAAGAGAAGUUUCCCUAUGACAUUGUGAAGAUGGCAUUACCCCCUGAGGCCCAGCUGGGUGCAGACUCUGAGGUGCUUGAGGAACAUGAUGACACACCGACCACAGAUGACCUUGUUGAGGCAUCAACCAAUCCGGAGCUUGAUAAGUCUCCGAAUGCAGCGCUGCAUGUCCAGGAAGCCAUCCUAAAGGAACUUGCCAAUGAGGAUGUUCACAAGGUCAGCUGCUAUGAUCAGGAUGUCGUGGCGGAUAUGGAGACAGAGCCUAAGGAGCUGGGGGCGGAGCAUCACGCGACCCAGACGCUGACGUUUGCAGACAGCAUUGGGGAAGUGAAGGAUGAGCAGCCGCCUGGUUGGUCCACAGCUACGACCGACAUGAAGUUUGAGUAUCUGUUGUACGGACACAGAGACCAGCUUGCCUGCCAGGUGUGUGGCAAGACCUUCCUGGAUGAGAGCAGGCUCAGGAAACAUGAAAAGCUGCAUUCGGCAGAGCGCCCCUUUGCCUGUGAGAUUUGUACCAAAGCCUUUACCACGCAUGCUCAUUUGAAAGAACACCUAAAGAUCCACACAGGUUUCAAACCGUACAGAUGUGACGUUUGUGGGAAAUCAUUCAUUAGAGCUCCAGACCUGAAAAAACACGAACGAGUUCACAGCAACGAGCGACCAUUCGCCUGCCAGAUGUGUGACAAGGCAUUUAAACACAAGUCUCACCUGAAGGACCAUGAGCGAAGACACAGAGGAGAGAAGCCAUUUGUCUGUUCUUCCUGCACCAAGGCCUUUGCCAAGGCAUCAGAUCUGAAGCGUCAUGAGAACAACAUGCACAGUGAAAGGAAGCAGCUGAACCCACUGCAGAGCGACACAGAGGCGCUACAAGCUGCCGCCAUGGCUGCUGAGGAGCAACAUCUGGACUCCAUCAGCUGCUCCUAACAGCGGGGGGAAACAUCUGGACUCUCAUCUUAAAACUGCUAGGAGAAACAGCUCACCUCCAUCUGCUUUUAACUGCUGAGGAAAAAUCUGGACUCCCAUCAGCUGCUGCUAACAGGUGGGGGAAACAGCUGGGGGAAACAGCUGGACUCCAUCAGCUGCUCCUAACUUCUGGAGGAAACAGCUGGACUCCAUCAGCUGCUCCUAAGUUCUGGAGAAAACAGCUGGACUUCACCAGCUGCAGAUAACUGCUGGGGGAAACGGCUGGACUCCAGCUGCUGCUAACUGCUGGAGAAAACAGCUGGACUCCAUCAGCUGCUCCUAACUGCUGGAGAAAACAGCUGGACUCCAUCAGCUGCUCCUAACUGCUGGGGGAAACAGCUGGACCCCAUCUGCUCUUAAUGGGUGGGAGAAACAUCUGGAUUGUAUCUUCUCUGAACCAGAAUCACUAUUAAAGUAUUUUCACUGUAUCACAUGUGAAAUGCAUUGAACAUGGACGACCAUGUCAUCCAUUGUGGCCUCACAAUAAGCUUCUAAGCUUUCGUGUCUUUGUACAGGACGUUUUUCAGACUCAACCAAACUGUACAGAAAAUGGUGCGUUUUGUCUUGUACUAUGUAUAAACCUGUUCUGUUCAGUUUAAUGAGCAGAUACACUGUGUUUUAAGGCACGCACUUCUUUAAAUUACUAAAGCCUAGAAGUGGACAUGUGUGUUCACAGGGCUCCGAAAUAAAUCGGCUUUAAUGACUUAA